UACGCUGUACUUACACAUUGCUGGGGUCCGAGUAUGCCAGAAGCUGGGGUGACAAAAACCGAUACCCUUUCAUUACACCUGAACAGAAUCAAUGUUGCUGAGCUUCCAAUGUCCCUGCGACAUGCGUUGAUCAUUGUAAAGGAACUUGGCAUUCCUUACAUUUGGAUAGACUCCUUGUGUAUACUUCAAGACUCUACCGAGGACUGGGAAGUCGAGUCCGCUCAAAUGGGUCACAUCUACAGCCACGCAUGGUGCACUAUCGCAGCUUCAAGCGCAACUGACUUUCAAGGAGGUAUAAAAUACAUUCAAGGCCACCGGGUGCAAGUCAGCAUCAGGCCGCCACUUCAAACGUGGGCAAAGUUUUACAGAAACAAUCCUCUUAACAAGCGAGGAUGGACGUUUCAGGAACGUGAGCUCUCUCCACGAAUCUUGCAUUUCUCUGCAGACCAGAUGUGGUGGGAAUUUCAACUGCGAUGUCUUGACAACAUGUUGGAACCCUCGUCAAUACACAAUGAGGACUCUUCGAUCAUACACAAUCUCGUCAUUAAUGCACGAUACAAUACCUGGCACAAAGUGAUACAGGAUUACAGCACAAGAACCUUCACCAGGAUCACGGACCGCUUCCCUGCCCUAUCCGGCUUGGCCAGUGAGAUGCAAGCCGUACACGGUGACGAGUAUGUUGCCGGUAUGUGGAAGGGAGAUUUGCUCCGAAGUCUACUAUGGCGACGAGAUAGUAGACCUGACUCCUCUCAAACCAUGCUUACUCGGCCGCUUCAAUAUCAAGCACCUUCAUGGUCCUGGGCUGCGAUUGGCGACGCUGUCACUUAUGACUUGGUCACGUUCAACCGACCGCAAAUCAACAAGCUCCUCCCCACGACGGCAAAGAUCAAAAACAUCCACCUGGUUCCUGCGGGCUCUGAUCCCAAAGGAAGACUGAACGCUGGGACAAUCAAAAUCAGAGGAAGAUUAAGGUAUUACGAACCUUCGACUCUAACAACGACGAUGAUAUUUCACUUUGAUUUCGAUGACCAACUCGACGAUACUCCAAUUUACUUGCUGAGUUUAUUCACGAUAACUAGUUUCAUAGGAUCAGUCAUGGGGUGGGCGUUGGCGGUAAUAAUGAUCGAGGAGCCAGUUCCAGUGUUUCGUCGAGUUGGCGUUGUGAGUAAUGUCUAUUCAGAGUGGUUUGAUGACGCGGAUGAUGUUUUAAUCCCAAUCAUUUGA